UAGGGAUAGUCGGGAAUGGUGGGAAUGAUUGGGGUACAGUUCGGAAGUUGUACAUCAGGGUAGAUAGAUAGAUGGAUGGGUGGAAAGAAUUGUGUAUAUGUGAUCAGCUGUUUUAUAAUUUCUUAACUUAUUUGUCCAAAUUAUUGAAAGAAUAUCCUUCUUUUGUGAAGUCGGGCCUUCAAUGUCAAACGUGCCAUUAAAGAACCUUUGAAAUUUAAUUUGCUUUUGUGAUAUGGAUUACAAGUUUCCGCAUUAUUUCGAGAGAAGUAUGGUGUUUUGCUUGUGAGGUGCUAUCAACGGUGAUGUGCUCAUGAAUGGUGAGCAUGCAAUCGAACGUUUCAAAAAUAAAUCAAGAUUGAAGGAUUUACGUGCAAUAACGAUCGAUGUGCAUCGCAGAGUGUGCGACAUUGGACGUAAAAUAAAGCCUUUACGUAUGCUUCACACAAGACUGGGUAAAAUUUUGGAGGAUAUGUGGUUUACGGCGAAGAUUGACUUAAUUAGUCUAAAGCAAGCUCUUUCAGUAGAACUAAUCGAAGAAUGUAAACAUGCUGCACCUGGCGCUAGACUGUCAUAUCAGUUACGAACUAGGUUGGAAAAAUUCCCACUUGACGUUAGAAACGAAGUAGCAAGUCGCACAGAAAAUGGUAGUGCACCUUUAUUUAUAGCCUGUAAACGCGGACACGUUGAAAUCGUUGAAUAUCUUGUUACUGUUUGUGGUGUGGACAUGGAACAGCGUGGAAUGUAUGAAGUAUCAGAUGAUCGUUCUGUACAUUGUGUGACACCUUUGUGGUGCGCAGCAGUUUCUGGGAAGUUAUCUGUCAUUAAAUGGUUAGUAGAGCAUGGUGCAAAUGUGAAUGCUAUUUCUGACACUGGAUCAACACCAGUACGAAGUGCAUGUUUUAUGACACACGUUGAUGUUGUUUCCUACUUGGUUGAACAUGGUGCUGACAUUCUCCGUCCUAAUUAUAAUGGUGGUACCUGUUUAAUAAAUUCAGUUCAGAGUGUUCAGUUGUGUUUAUUUUUAUUGCAACAUGGAGCUGCUGUGAACACCCGUGAUAUUCAAAAUAAAACUGCAUUGCAUUAUGCCAUUCAAGAACACAGACUUGAAACCACCAAACUUUUACUGGAGCAUGGUGCUGAUCCUCAUGCUCGAAGCAGAUCUGGAGAUGAUGCCUUACAAACUGCAUGCCUGAAAGGUGCUGUUCAGAUAUUUGAUUACCUCAUUUGCCAUGUUAAGUAUGAACCAGAACGAUUAGCUGAUGCUCAUGAAUUAAUGGGAUCAACCUUACUUGACGAACACAAUGACACUGCUGCUGCCUUGCAGCAUUGGAGAAUUGCUACACAGGUUCGUUCCUUUUUUGCCCCUCACACAAAAACGCCAAUUUCUAAAAAGCCUGUGAUGCCACCCAGACCAGCUUUUAGAAAUGCUGUAGAGUUCCUGUCUUUCAGUGAUCUUAAUAAUGUGGCAUUAGAUUUGGAUGCCAUGAGAAUUCAGUCUCUCCUAAUUUGCGAAAGAAUUCUUGGACCAUAUCACAAAGACACUUUAUUUCGAUUAAUGUAUCGGGGAGCAGCAUAUGCAGAUGCUUUGCGAUACCAGAGAUGCAUCGAGUUAUGGCGCAGGGCUUUGGAAAUAAGAGUGGAAAAGGACACUAUAUUGUAUAAUGACACAUGUUUUGCUGCUCAAGCACUUGUAAGAUUGUUUAUUGAUCUUAAUGAGAAAAGCCUUGAAACUCUGGAUGCUGGACGUAGUGAAGGAGAACCACGCUUUGAAGAUGUAGCUGCUGUAUUUCAGUUGUUGGCUCGUGAACUGCCUGAGAAGAGGCAAUUAUUAGAGGUACGUCCCAUUCAAAGAAGGCAACAAGACAGUUAUGAUCGGAUCUUAAAAUGUAUUACACAUUUAAUUUAUUUAUUGGUUGAAACUGGGAAAUCUAAUGAACAAAAGGAAUUGGUGCAAGAAAUGGUAACUUCUCUCAUUCGAACAAAUCCUCGAUCAGCCUCCUCUGGAGACACUAUUUUACAUUUGUGUGUGUCAAGACUGAAUACCAUAAAAAGUUCCUAUUUCCAUGAUGAUAACCAGAUAAUUUUUCCCAACAUGGAUGUCAUUCGGUUAUUAUUGGACUGUGGAGCUCCAGUGAAUGCAAGAAAUGAGUCUCGAUCAACACCAUUACAUGUUGCUGCAAAUCCAUACAACUUUUACAGUCCUUUAGUUCAACUCUUGCUGGAACAUGGUGCACACUUGGACCAACCCAACAAAGCAGGCGAUUGCCCAGCUAUUUUUGUUGCUGUCAACCCAUUGAACAAUGUCCAUUUGGUUAAUUAUGUGACAUUGCGCUGCCUAGCUGCUACAGCUGUGUGCAAGUACAAGAUUCCUUAUCAAGGUCAAAUUCCUCAAACUCUGGAAACCUUUGUAAGAUUUCAUGAAGAAUAGAUGACUUACUAAUUAUUUCAAGGAAUAAGUUAUUUAUAUCUAGUGCAAUAAAAGAAAACUAACCAAAUAGAUCAGUUAUUGCUACUUGUGAAGUGUGUUUUAAAUUGUAUGUCUUUAAAUUGUAAUGACUAGAAUCAUUUUACAAAGUAUUAUUUUAUUUGCAGUUUUUCUUUCUUUCUUGCAGUUGCUUUUUUUUUUACUGCUUUGCUUUGUACGUUUGUGUAAUGGUGAAAAAGUAUUGAAAAGGCAAAAAUUAAAUUUUGAUAUUAAAAUUUUUUUCAAGAAAAUACAUUUAUUGGGUUUGCUGACUUUUGUAACCACUUUAAUAAUUUGUAUUUUUCUUCCUGUAAUUAAUGCACCUUUUAUUUAACUUUAUUUUCCAUCUAUUUAUUGUUAUGUCUGUUUAUUUACUAAAAUUCAUGUUGUGUACUCAUAAAUUGUUGAUAUUCAAUAAAGUAUUACUAUAGGUAUUAUUUUUAUAAUAAGAAUGGAGUUAAGGCUUUCUCAAUAGUAGCCUUAAAAAAUGCUUUUUACAUACAAAUUCACAAUGCUGAAUAAUGUUAAUUUUUCAAUGAUUUACCUAUUGCUUGUAAUACUGAAAUUACAGAUCUAAAAUAUUAAACUGGCUGUCAAAUUACGUCUCGUAUGUUCAGCAGUUUCAUCUCUGAUUGUCCUUAUACACUCUUCAGAUUCAAAAUUUCAUGUAUUGUCCAGUGUCAUGGCCAAACUAAUUUAGAAAAAAUAAUUUAAAACUGUUUGAAGUGGUUCCUAUUACAACUCAGUCUGAAUGUAUCUUUUCACAAAUUAUAAAAAGGUGUAUUGAUCAUUUAGUUCGGUGAGACAAAUAACAAAAGCUAUUACGUGGAAUCCCAGUGGGAACAACAGAUGAGCUUUCACCUGUAGAAACAAAUGUGGAAUGUUACAUUUUUAGAACAUUUCUUGUAAACUUCAAAUCCAGGAAGCUUCUUGUUCCUGAAGGUUUUGUGCAAAAAUAAAACAACUCUUGAUUGCCCGCACAUGCACCAGACAACAUACAGUAAUUUUCUUGGGUUAAAACACAAAGGAUCCAUUACAAGAUUUAUUGAUUUUUGCUUAAUUUAAAUUUAGGAAGUGGUGGAAAAGCAGGUAUGUUAGUAAGCUGUACGUCACAAGUCUCUCUUAACAGUAUUGCUUUCAUAUUUCAGAACUUAAGCUCUAAAAAUCUGAUUAAUGGAAAAUUAAUGAGAAAAAAUCUAAUUUUAUCUAAUCUACUCUUCCAUCUUUCUAGAAAACAGUAUUUUUGACAAAUUGUUGUGUUUUUGUUGUCUCUUCCGAAGAAAGCCAAUUUCUUUUUUAUUUAUUUAAUAUGUUAUUUUUAACCUAUGAUUUUGUGUUUGACUUGAGUUGGACCACUAGCAAUAAAGCGUCUUUUAAUUUUUUUAAUAUGAGCAGUAUUUCAAAGCCUAAUUGUAAAUAAUUUUAUUUGUUGAAUUGAGACAUGUUGGUUUACAACCUGUGCAGAAUACAAGUAUUUUCACUUUAUUGAAAAAUGUUUUAUUCAUAACAAAUAAAUGUAUUUACUUCUAAUUUAUAUUAAACAGUAUAAGUUGUUUCUACUUUAUGGAGAUAUUAAUUCUUUUUUUGUAAGGGGGGGAUUUUAUUUUUUGAAAUAAGCCCCUGUUUGAACUACUGUCCCAAGCCUUUUUUUUGUCUGGGCGUCAUUGGUUUGAGAUCUUAUUGUAGGGGACAUUUUCAUUGUCUGAGGUAGGUCAAUAAAUAAAUAAUCCCAAAUUUGACUUUAAGAAUAAUUAUAGAAAGUCAAAGACAUUUUUUACAACAUAGGCAUAUUUCAAUAAUUUAGUAGCAAUUUUCUGAAUUUUUGAAUGGAAUAUCUUUUUUGUUAUUAAGAAAUAUUAGUUUAUUAGACAAAAUCAAAACCUUGAGUUUGAUCCAAUAAGCCUUGAACUGAAUGUGGAAAUCUUGCCAUGUCUAGAAAUGCUAUUAUUUUACAAGCUAUUAUAAUUUAUUUUUUUAAGUGUUGCAAGAUAAUGAAAUAUGAGGUCUUUCAGAAAGCAGAUUUUUAUACAGUCUUUCAAAUAUAUCUUCAGAAUUAAUACAUGCUGUUCAGAGAAAUAGCCUAUAACUUAUGUGUAUCAGGAUUAGAGUUUGAGGCCUUUAACUUUUUCACAAUUAUUUCUUAAUUUUGUAUAUAUUCUGAGAAUACUAGGGUCCAAUUUUGGAUCUUUGUUUGUUUAUAAUGUAGUGGCUAAAAAUACUCCAAUACCUCGUCUACUUGCCUUUAGUAGUUUUGGAUUAAUUUUCUGAUUGGAACUUGCAAUCUAAAGUGUUAACCAGUAUCAUAAUGUAAAUUUAGUAAACUGUUAAAUAGAAACUAAUUACAUUUAUCAGUAUAUUGAUGAUAUGAAAUAAAGUACAUUCAACAAGUACUAUGGUGAAAACCAUUGUUAAUAACCCAAAGAGGACUAUUAUAUUAUUUAUCUUUGUGUGGGUUUUGUUAUUACAGUACUUUAUUCAUGAUCAACUUUUUUUGUGUGAGAAUGCUAGUUAUCUUUCUUUGACACAGCCUUUUAAUGUGUAAAAGUGUUGUUGAAAUUGACAGCGUCUUUUAAAUUUCUAUCAAAUAGAAUUGUGAACUACUACUAUUACUGUGAGUUACUGUUAAUUAUUGCUUUAGUAUUUAGUGUAUUGUUUAUACAAUCUUUGUCAAGCCCUGAAAAAUAUGUUUGUGAGACACCUUAAACCCUAGAUCAAAAUGCCAAAUCCAACCUUCAGCUAUGUGAGAGACUUCAGGUGCCAGCCCCGGCAAAACUUUCUGACUAACCAUUUUUUAAAUUUUGUAUCUCUUCAAAUGCUUGCAUGUAAUUUCUCCUGACAGUGUAAUGAACUACCAAUGACUUUGGGCAGAACACAGACUCGGGACUUAAUGGGAGCCUUAACCAAGCUCUUGGACAGCUGAGAUAACCACAGUUAUGUACAUUAGGGAAAUUUAUUCGACCUCUGUAAAUAAGUUGAUAUCUCAUGAAAUCUAAAUCUUUCAGAAGGGCAACAUAUCCUGAUUAUUGGAAUAAAUAUUUUAGCCUGAAUUAACUGACAACUCCACUUUAUGUUCACAAAUCAUUGAAUAACUUAGUACUUUAGUAUGAAGUUUGUAAAUUCAUAUGGCCUCAUUCCUUGGCAAUCUGUACUGAGUAUUCACAAUUAUAGAGAAUGAUUAGGAGUCAGUUGUGUAUAUAUCUCAAUUUCAGCAUAAAAGUUGACUUAUCAGGCUAUUCACUGGGGUGACAGAAAUUUUCUGGAUUGUAAUUGAGCUGGCUGGGCAUUGCAGAAUUAUAAAGUUGCAAUGCUGGAAGAAAACACCAACCACUAACUAGUAGCCAUACCAUACAAGAAAGGGAAAGGAACUUGUGCAAUAAAAAUACGAACAUUUUCACUCAUCUUUCCACUUUCAUUAAAACAAAUUGAUGUAUUAAUUUAUUUUAUUGAUUAACUGGAAGCAAAAAUUCUGUAAUUGUUUUUAUUAUUAUUAUUAAAUUAUAAUUUCCUUACAUUAUCGUAUGUACUAAUGUAAAAAGAUUUCUUGAAGAUGUUCAGAAUAUGAACUAAAAAAUUCAUACUUACCCCUAUCUUUUUUUUUGUUAAGUUAUGGUUUGCCGAUAUAAAACAAGAGAGAUGUAUAAUUUCACGAAUUUGGCAAGUAAAAUUAUAAGUAAUUGUUGGUUUCAUAAAUGUGUUUCUUGGCAUUUAUUUGUGAAAUUUUGUAGCAGAUAUUUUUGGUAAAAUUUCAUAUUUUGCUUUUUGAUUUGUAAUUAUUUUGAAGUAAGGAAUUGUCAACAAUUGUGUAGUUUAAUAUUUGUGUGAAUAUCAAUUUUUUAAAUAAUGUUAAUGCAGAUAGUUUACAAAUUAUCUUUCACAAUUUCUGUUGUGAUUUAAUUUUAAACUGUAUUCCUCUCCUCAUUUUAUUAUUGUACUUUUGAAGUACAUAAUGUUCUUCACUUCUUGAGAGCUGAUCUUCAAUUUCUAAGUUCUUGUGAAGUAUAAAUUUGGAACUUAUGGUUUGUGUGGAUGCAAGAAUAUAUCCUAAGCUGCAAUGGCUUGCUUGCCACUGCAAUUUUCCUUUUUUUUUCUUUCUAUAUUUUAAAACUCAUCUUGAUAAAGUAGGGAAGAAACACAAAGCCAAUUUCCGCUUCUUAGAAUAAUGUCAAUAUUCCACAAGAGAUUUGUGAUAUACUCACUCUUUCCUGUCUUGAGAGAUAAAGUAUUCUUUAAGUCGUUAUUUUUGCUUUGCCUAAAACUAUUUGUACCCCCCCCCCCCGCCAAGAUGUGUUUUUGGAAUAUUGAAAAGAUUUGAGUUGAAUCUAUGUCUGAUAUUACUUUCCAAAAUAAUUUAAUUUGAAGUACCCAUGGAACAUUUGGCAAUAAAAAUGGAGUUCCUUACAUGAUGCUGUUUUUCUUACACACAGCUGAAAUUGAGUUUCUUUGAAAAAUAUGAGUUAAAAAAAAUUAAAAUAACUUGGUCUUUAGAGUAGGUAUUCUCUAACUGUAACUCCAAGGAAAUGGGAGGUGUGGUGUGUGAACAAUUUUCAUGAGAAAGCUGGAAGAAGAAAUUAACCUCUUACUGAAAACUUUGAGUACCCUGAACUUUCAAUUUUUUAUGCAAUUGAAACCUGAUUAUCCUUGUGAUUCAAACUCAGUCACCAAAAAUAUGUACUAUAGUAAACCCAGUUUGAAAUUGGACAUCCACUGUCAACUGGAGAAGCAAAUAUCAGAGAACUAUGUCACAUCACUUAAACAAGCCAUUUUAAAAAUGUUGAUAAUUUUUAAUUUUUGAACUCUGAAGUUAGUACUAUUCAGAAUAUAUUCUAUAAUCGUUUAUAAUUAUGAUUGUGUGUGUAUAUGUACACACUAUACUUACAUAUAUACUGUUAAUCUAUUAUCAGUAUUCAGACACAAAUACUGGAUUUACUUUGUUGUUAUAUGUUGAAAUCCUGAAAUUAUUUAUUAAGAAUUUAACAGAUUUUUUCUAAAAAUGAAAAUGCCUUUGUAAUUAAUCUAGAUAUUUAAAAUUUGAUAUUUAAGGAUAUUUCAUCCAGAUUCAAUAAACUCUUGUCAUGUCAGGUGUGAGACGUAUAAGUUUUAAAAAGUUUGAAAACUUCAACUGUAUCAAUAAUUGCAAUGAUGAUAGAUAAAAGAUAACAAGUAAUUUUUUUGUAUUGAAUUAUACCUAGUAUCCUUGUUACGGAAUUUUUAAAAAUUACAAAUUCAAAAUGGAAAGGUUUCUUUGCAGAAACGGUUAUUAUACUUUCAUCCUAAGAGGUUGUCAAAUUAAGAAUGGUUUUCAGGGUUUCUUCAGGUAGAAAGUAAUAUAUUUUUCUUUAUAAUUAAUUUUAAUUCUUGAUAUUUGGUAUUUAAACAUUCACUCGUAUUAUGAACUUUAGCCCUAAAAUGUUCAUUCUAAACUAAAGGAGUGUAGAAGAAAAGUACAUGAACCUCCUGUGAAUAAACAGAUCAUCGAAGUUUUUAAUGUCUUGAUGUUUUAGCAUGUUUCCAGAAGCUUUAAUGGUACAUUAGUUAAAGAUAAGGGAAACUGAGGCCUAAAUUGUAUAGAUUAGUACUUUUCUUGAAAUUAGCCUGUUGAAUACUCUAUUGUUCUUGUUAAUUCGGUUGUAAAGAUUGUAAAAAGACAGUGAAUAUGAAUUCUUGUAUAAUUUACAUUUCUCCUUUUUCAUCAUAUGUCAAAGGCCUACAUUCAUCUAUAAUGUUACAAGUGUUUCAUUAAUUUAUAAUAUGUACAAUGAAUAUCAUCAAUUUAAAGGCAUUGCCUAUUUAAAAUUGAUAUCUUAUCGUACUAUGUAAAAUGUUUUAAUUCUGUCUUGGAACUGUUCUUGUUGUACAGAACUGUUAAUAUAUAUGUAUUUGUUUUUCCUAUUCUUGGAAAACAUUCCUAGCUCAUGUGUCAUUGCUUUCUGGUAAUAAUUUUUGCAUCACAUUGCACAAACUUAUGAAUUUUGAUGCAAACAUGAUUUAUAAGUAAUGGCUUAUGAAUUUGUAACUUUUAUGAUUUAAUGAUAGUCUUCCUGUGCAUUUAUUGCCAAUUUUAAAUUUUAGAUUAAAACUGUUAGAAUUAGUAGUAAAUGUAAAUGUGGAAGUGGAAAUAUAGUAUUUACUUUUUAGAUUAUGUGUUAUAUGUUGAGUAAAACAUACUGUAAUCUCAAUUGUAUUUUAACCUAUCAUUUGAGAAAAUGUUUUAGAAUGACUGUAGUGUUUUAAUGUCUUGUGAUUUGCAAAUGAAGUGUUUCACCCUUUAACUAAUAAAUGAAUCUGUAAAGAUUGCAUAUAUUUUCUGCUAUAAUUAUAGUUCUUAUCAUUAGUUUUAUUAUUUUGUACCCUUGAUUUUGAACCCAGUUGAUAAAUUCCUUUGAAAUCUGCAUAAUAUUUCACUUAAAAUACAUUCAUCAGAAAGAAAUGACAAAUUCAUAUCUUUCGAUGAAAGUCAUGUUUAUCAUUGUUGUUUCCUUUUUCAAAUAUUUGUGAUGUACACUAAUUAAGAUGACAGCAGUUAUUUUGAUCAUUGAAAAACCUUAAAAAAUACAUAAGUAGACAUCCUGAAUACAGUUCCACUCACUGAGUUGCUUUUGAGCAACAGUGAUGGCUAAGACCAGUUGUAACAUGUUUACAGUUCAACAAAGUCCUAUAUAAAUAUAUUAUUCUUUCAAAGGCAUUAAUAUUUUGGACUUGUAAUUUAUUUUGAUAAAAACAUGAGCAUAAAUCACACACAAGAACAGUGUUUCAGUCCUAAAAUCAUGUAUUGUUGUACUUCAUGUAUUAAAGAAAUUAAGUAUAAGAAGGUAAGUAGAAUCUGUCAGAGGUAUAGUACAAUGAAGAAGAAGAGAAAUCCAUAAUUUCUCAUAAAAUCGUAAAUACUGAGACUGUAACAUAAUAACCUAUACAUUUGAGUAUUUAAUUCACAUUAUGUGAAUUUAUGUGUUUCUUUUCACCCACAUUGGACUGACUUGUCUUAUGUACUGUCUUGGACUGACUUGUCUAUGUACUAUAUUAUCUGAUCAGGAUCCAAAAAAUAUUUUAAGAUAGAAAUGUUGUACGUGCAUGUGACUUAUGAUCAUGUUCUUUUCAAAAGAACUAUUAUUUCUGUAAAUCUUGAUCUUCUAAUGAAUAAAUAUUUUAAACACAAUAAUUUUGAAACCUUAAGUGUAUUUGCAGCUUUAUUUUAAUAGCUAAAUCACAAUUGGAUGUCAUAUCUCAGUAGCGUGUAUGUUGCUAACCAAGAGAGCUAUGUUGACAGUGCAAUCAGUUGCAGGCAUUUUCUCUGUAGUCAGCUGCUUUAUAAGAUGAUCUAGGUAAAUACCAACAUAUUUUUGGUUCAAGCAAUCAAAUAAUGUGUAUUCUUUUUAUGAUUUCUGCAUCUGUUUUAAUAUGUAACCAAGAACAUAGUUAUGUGCAAGAAAUAGUAUUAAAUUGUUGUUGGGAACACCAUUUUCAUAACACUUGUGAAGGUUUAAUACUGUUCAUGUGGAUCCUGUUACCAGCAGUACAGCAGGCUUAUAGAAAUAACUAUUUCCCUUCAACCUUAUCAUUUCUUUUGAUUUUUUCGAAGUGUACUUUUUUAUUUCAAAUGUUUUUUCCUUUUUAAACAUUUUAAUUCAGCCUCAUUUUUUGGAAGUCUUUCAUUUUACAAUUUAUGGUAUGAAUAAACUGUGUUGAAUGUAUUCAUUAAUGCUGAAAUUGAUUUUACCCAAAAUGGAUUUAUGAUUCACAAAUAAAAGCAGUCUUGAUUUUCUGUACAAAAGUGUCGUGUGGACUUAUGAACACAUACUUAUCCAU